UUCUCCAUGGAGGAGUGGGAUUAUGUAGAAGGACACAAGGAUCAGUACAAUGAUCAGGUCAUGAUGGAGGAUCAGCAGCCCCUGACGUCACCAGGUAAUAGACAUGAUCAGUAUAAGGAGGACACUCCUACAGAGAAAUAUCUGAUCUAUAUAAAUGCUACAGACAUAAAGGAAGAAAAAGAAGAGCCAGAUGUGAGCGGUGAUGAGCAGUAUAAGGAGGACAUUCCUACAGAGAAAGAUCUGCUCUAUAUGAAUGCUACUGACAUAAAGGAAGAAGAAGAGACAGAUGUGAGCGGUGAUGAGCAGUAUAAGGAGGACAUUCCUACAGAGAAAUAUCUGAUCUAUAAUAAUGCUACAGACAUAAAGGAAGAAAAAGAAGAGACAGAUGUGAGUGUUGAUGAGCAGUAUAAGGAGAACAUUCAUACAGGGAAAGAUCUGAUCUAUAUUAAUGCUACAGACAUAAAGGAAGAAGAAAAGACAGAUAGGAGCAGUGAUGAGCAGUAUGAGAAGGACAUUCCUACAGGUAACCGCCCAGAUUUUUCCCAGGUUGCAAUGCGGCCGAGACCUGACAUCACUAGUCAUCUGAUGACAGGGAGCUUGUCUGCUUCAAUGGGUGGAGAGAUCGCUUGGUGGGAGAGAGAUCAAUCUGCAACUAAUGUAACAGCUGUGGGCACCCUGUUUGAAAACCACAGGUCUUUUGAAUAUUCUUGUACCAGGAGAUCAGAGGAGAAUCUUAUAUCUUCAGAUUAUAAAGCAGAUGAUGAUAUCACACAAGAUACAUAUGAAGAACAUUCCAUUAUCCCAGAUACACCCUCAGCCCUUCACAGCCAAGAUCUGUCAUCUCAUCCUUAUAUACAGGUCCGGUCUUCUCAGUCAUCACAGGAUGUUCAGCAAAAUAAAAUUCAUAGAAGGAAUGAUGGACAUCAAGGAGAUUGUGCAAGGGGCAAGCGGUAUUUAUGUUCAGAAUGUGGAAAGUGUUUUACCCACAAAUAUAAUCUUUUUAGACAUAAGAGAACUCACACAGGAGAGAAGCCAUUUUCAUGUCCAGAAUGUGGGAAAUGUUUUGCUCAGAAAUCAGACCUUGUUGUACAUCAAAAAACUCACACAGGAGAGAAGCCUUUUUCAUGUUCAGAAUGUGGGAAAUGUUUUACUCGGAAAGCAGGUCUUGUUGUACAUCAAAAAACUCACACAGGAGAGAAGCCAUUUUCAUGUUCAGAAUGUGGGAAAUGUUUUACCCGGAAAUCAGGUCUUGUUGUACAUCAAAGAACUCACACAGGAGAGAAGCCAUUUUCAUGUGCAGAAUGUGGGAGAUGUUUUGCUCAGAAAUCAGAUCUUGUUGUACAUCAAAGAACUCACACAAGAGAAAAGCCAUUUUCAUGUUCAAAAAGUAGUAAAUGUGUAACAGAGAUGUCCGGUCUUGUUAAACAUCUCACACAGGGGAGAAGUCAAUUCUGAGCAAUAAAUGAUGCAGAUAACACAUCUAGAUAUUAAAGGGGUAGGUCAGUUAAUAUAUAUUUUUUCUAUUAUUAGUUUCCUCCUUCAUAGUUUUCUAUUUUUGCAAUAAACAUCCAUAAAAAAUUUACACUCCUUCCACCACUAUUCAUAAGGUGAAAUGUCAUCAAAACCCUUUUCUGCCUCCCUGUUCUGGCAUCUCCGUCUCAGCGGCUGUCCCUCCUCCUACAGCCCCCACUUUCUGAGAUGGAAGUCACAUGACCAACUGCUCAGAUGACCACCUGACUCUCCAUCUGCGUGGGAGAGCGGGAGACUUCUGUGUAGCAACACCCGUGAGGCAGCGCGUCUAGUCCCUCACGCUCCCGGCACUGAUGUCUGCCCUGGAGCGUGGAGGAGGGAGAUGAGCGGCCGCAGAAACUCGGGUGAGCCCCAGCAGUCACACUGACCGGAGCAGUAAUAGUGUUCCAGGGCAGUGGGGGAACUAUGCUACCUAAUGUGGAGAAACUAUGCUACCUAAUGUGGAGAAACUAUGCUACCUAAUGUGGAGAAACUAUGCUACCUAAUGAGGAGAAACUAUGCUAAUGUGGAUAAACUAUGCUACCUAAUGUGGAGAAACUAUGCUACCUAAUGAGGAGAAACUGCUACCUAAUGAGGAGAAACUAUGCUACCUAAUGUGCAGAAACUAUGCUACCUAAUGAGGAGAAACUAUGCUCCUAAUGUGAGGAAACUAUGCUACCUAAUGUGGAGAAACUAUGCUACCUAAUGUGGAGAAACUAUGCUACCUAAUGUGGAGAAACUAUGCUACCUAAUGAGAAACUAUGCUACCUAAUGAGAAA